CGAGAGAUGCGCGUGGAGCGGUGCUACUUCUGCGCGGGGCCCGUCUACCCGGGCCACGGCGUCGCCUUCGUCCGCAACGACAGCAAGGUGUUCCGCUUCUGCAAGUCGAAAUGCCACAAGGGCUUCAAGAAGAAGCGCAACCCCCGCAAGGUCCGCUGGACCAAGGCCUUCCGCAAGGCCGCCGGCAAAGAGCUGACCGUGGACAACUCCUUCGAGUUUGAGAAGCGCAGGAAUGAGCCCGUGAAAUACCAGCGAGAGCUCUGGCAGAAGACAGUUGACGUAAUGAAAAGAGUGGAAGAGAUCAAGCAGAAGCGGCAAGCCAAGUUCAUCAUGAACAGACUAAAGAAGGGCAAAGAGCUGCAGAAAGCUCAAGACAUCAAGGAAGUCAAACAGAACAUCCACCUCAUUCGAGCUCCGCAUGCAGGCAAAGCCAAACAGCUGGAGGAGAAGAUGGUCCAGAAACUAGAGGAAGCAGUGGCCAUGGAGGACUCUGCCUAGAGAGGCUGCUCCUUGGCAUUGGGACUUGGCUGA